ACUGUAUCCAAGGCCCGUUACUACGUGACGCGAAGCUAGGGCUUUGAUACCACGCGUGAGUUUGUGUACAUUUUCAACAUCAUCGGCUCUUGACUUUCCAAGAUUAUUUAAAUAAUAGAAUAUCGGUGAAUUCAUCAAUUUGGUUACACAUUGCAAGGAGAUGACCCAACAGAGUUGACAUGUCAAUUUUCUAGCACAUUCGUCGACCAGAAAGUGUGAAAAUGGUGGAUAUUCAAUACGGAGUGUCAUGGCAUUUGGACACUGAAAAAUUGGGUUCCAUUGUCAUGUGCGGCCAUCAUACUGUACUUGUAUGUAUGUGAUGCCAGGGAUUUGAUGCUUUUCAUAACUUUGUGGGAAUUUUGCUUGGAAAAUGGAGAGGAAAUUAGUCAGGAAACAGAAAUCAAAGCGCAAGGCCAAACGAAAAGCUCCUGUCCAGGAGAAUUCAGACGGUCUCUCUGAGACACAAAGGGACAGAUUUACCUACCUAUCAGGGCACAAGAACUCAAAGGCAAUAUGGCUAACAAGCUUCGGGCCCAAGCUAGAAUGGGGCAAUCAGGACACGAUGUGGCCAGUCAGCAAGGGGGCCAUGACUACCAACGCAACCCCCAGGACAGAAGAACUCUCUUCACCCAAGAAGAACUUCAGAAGUAAAAAAGAUGGCAAAAUGAGUAAUCAUGUAUACAGCUGCGGCAGAAACUCUGUCAUCUGGGAUGUCAGUCCUCUAGCUAUGAAAACAUCUCCAUCAGAAAGGCUAGAGACUUUAUCAGUUUAUAAGAAACCCCCUGCAGCCUUCAGAGAAGACAGACCUAGUGCUGCCUUCAGCUGUGGACGGAAGUCACCAAUAUGGUUAGUGAGUGAACCUGCGAAGAAAGCCGUAGAGAAAGAGAGACUGGAGUACCUUGCCAGAGCCAAGACCCCACACAAAGAUUUUGCAGAACCCAGGACGAUUGAAUCCCUUGUGAGUGCAGGAGCAAAGACCGCUCGAGCGUCGAGUCGAGUCGAGAUGUUAGCCAGACCCAAGAGCAGGCCUCCAGGGCCUUUCAGGGAAUCUAAAUGGCCGGUGACGGAUGUCGCCAAAGGAGCAGCUGCAAGUCCUCGCCAGCUGGAACUGGCCAAGCCCAAGAACGUCGCCGAUGGCUACCAGGCCGAUCGGCCUAUCCAAUGGUCCAUCACAAGGGCAGCGCGGCGGGCCAACGCAACUAGCCGUACCAACGAGCUCUCCACACCGAUCAUGCGUGCUACCAUGGACCAUGUGCAAUUCAAUCCAGACGCUUUCAUCGUCAGUGAAGCAGCCAAGAGGGCCCGGUGUCCUCAGCGGAUCGAGGAACUCUCCCAGCCUCAGGUUCGAUAAACAUCAAUGCACUCACUCGUUGGAAUCUAUAGGCAACCUCCAAAACUAACCCUAAUGGACUUGCAGUUACGUUGUUGUGCCUGAGAGAGUUUGAACACAAAGUGAUGACAAUAGCAAGACUUUGCAAUCCCAACAUUUGCUUGGACAUGAUCGAACAAUGAAGACAGACAAACUACCGAGUUGUGCUCCCUUUUGAGAUUGACCUUUGAACUUGACUGCAUUAACUCUUGGAACCCCACGUCAAAUGAAACAAGUCAUACCAAAUAUAGUAUUUUGAGGAAUACUGUGUAACUGGCUCGUCUUAAGGGAAAUGGAUGAUAAAGGAAGAACCAAAGUCAACACGGAAUAAUUGUUAUUAAAAUAAUAAUACAUUUUGUGAUUGCUCAAUAAACGAAUGGUACAAGAGCAGAUAAAACAAAAAUAAUUGGUGAUUAACAUAUUAACAGAGAGCCCUUUACUAUUUGUCUCUCUUUCAAUACAUACAUGACAUGUUCUUCUAUUCCUAAAAGUUUUUGAAUGAUGUCUGGUAAAGGGCUUAAUAUGACUAUGUAUUUGAAGAUUCAAUAAUCCCAUAACUAAAAGUUUACACUUGUGUCUCAAUUGAAACUACAUAAAUAAAUAUCUAAGUAGUAUAAAAAUAAUACCUUUUAACAAGAUUUAUAUUAUUAAAUAACAACGAGCCCGUUGCAUAAAACUCAAGUUUUGUGGAACGGGGCCCUGGUCUAUAAAAGCACUUUAGAUCUACAUAUUUUCAAUUAUGUAUCAAAACUGGUAGAAAAUGUUCAUCUCACUAUAAAUUUCAAUCAUAAAUUUAUUAAACUGUGUAUUUAGAUGAAAGUUGUAUUGAUUCGUUUUUAAAAAAUCAUUUGUCUCUGAUAUGCAUUAUAUCCCUUAGGUAUAUUUUAGGAGUACGCUAUCAAAAAGCUAUCACAUUUGAGCAUUCCUUUUCUCUACAUAUUCAGUUGUACAUUGUAGUCAAAUAUAAAAUAGUAUUCUCUAUUAUUAAAAGGUAUUAGAAGAAAUUAAAAGAUGUGUGCAAAAUCAUGUACAAUACCUAUCAAUGUGCUUGAAAUGAGUGUUGAAAUAUUGAUCUGCAUUUAAUUCAUAAGAAAUUGAGCAUGUCUAUGUAUUAUUCACUGUUUGCAAUGAUAUUUUACUCCGUCCAUAUAUUUAUGUCAAUGUGACUUGUUUUGUUUAGUGUAUUUAUCACAAUGGGUGAGGAAUGCAUGUGGUUUUGUAUGUCCUGAUGCCAUAUGUGCAGUACCGGUAUGCAUUCAAUUAGUGAACUCCAUGUAUUAGCUGUAAGUAUAGACUCUAUUUUGUUUCAUGAAUACUUUUAAGAUACUUUUCAUAGCACAUCUUUUGAAAGAACAUCCAAAGCACAGUCGAACCUGUAAGCAAUUCAAAGACCGUUCAAGGGAAACUAGGCACGUUAAUACAGAGUCCCGUCUUAUAAAUAGUUGCGAGUAAUCACAACUUCUUUGUGAUUGAAAACAAUCACAACUACAUGUAUGUAAAUAAGAGAUAGCAGACUGCAAACUCUUUAUAAGGCAGGAACUUGGUUUCAAUAAGAAACUGCUUUGAUAAAGAAAAAGAAUUUGGUUGUUGUGAUAAUGGUUUUAUUUGACCCAACUGCUCAUCAAGCGGGUGUGGAAAUAUACCAGUAAACCUAAAGCUUUAUAAAAUUUCUGAGGGAUUUGGUAAUGAAAUAGUCCAUCCAAUUAGUUUUGAACCCAGGACCACCUAGGUUACAAGACUAUUGCACUAACCACCAAGCUAUCAUUCCUCGGCUUAACCAGGUUUGACUGUACUUUCCAUAUCUUCUUUUUCUUAGCUCAUUUACAGUACAUGUAAAUUCAACAAAAGAUUUAUGUGGCAAACUACUUGAUGUAUUUAUUAUCAUAUCUACAUAAGAUUAAAAUACUUAUACUUCUAAACAAUUAUAAAUGGUCUACUGACACACUAGUGGAAUGUGUGGGUGAUUCGCUUACAUGAUACCAAUAUAUUAUUCUUAAUUUCAUGAAACUAUGGUUCUUUUAGAGACUAAUCCUCAAAUUUUAAUGGGAGCCUGAACCUUGAUAAAAGAUAGCAAAUCAAAGAAACAUAUUGUGAAAGUUUGACACAAGGCAGAAAUAUGAAGUAUUGGGAAGUUCUCUUUUGUUCUCUGUAUUUAUUUCUUUUGAAGACAUGUAUGCAAAACAUGUUAUUGUCUAAAAUGCACCUUCAUACGCACAGCCCUAAGUAACAUUUUGCACAAGGGUUACAGAGAGAAUAAAGUGGAAAUCCAUUAAUCCACUAAUUCACUAAUUUUCAAGGUUGGGGUGUUCCUUUCUAAAACUGUAUGUAUUUCUAUAUAUCAUGUUUAGAUUAGAUUGAUUCACAUCUCUGCAUAAUGUACACUUUGAAUGUCAUGGUUCACUUGCUGCAUAUCACAAUAUAGCACUGAACAUGUUAUGUUAUUUUAUUUUAAGCAAUAAAUGUUUUUCACUGCAUGUAA